ACUUGGGAACUCGAAAAUGAAGUUGGCGUCUGUUUGUAUGGUGGCGGUGGUGGCGGCAGCCUCCACUCUGGCCCUGCCUGACGGAGGGCACGGAGGCCACGGUGGAGGAGGUGGAGGAGGCCACGGUGGAGGAGGUGGAGGAGGCCAUGGUGGAGGAGGUGGAGGAGGCUACGGUGGAGGAGGUGGCGGCUUCGGUGGAGGUGGCCAUGGUGGAGGUGGAGGAGGAGGCUACGGUGGUGGCGGCCAUGGCGGUGGAGGUGGAGGAGGAGGAGGAGGCUAUGGAAGUGGAAGAGCAAGUGGAAGAGCAACGAUUAAUUUCAAUCUUGGCGGUCCCAGUGGAGGCUACGGUGGAGGAUCCGGUGGUGGAGGACACGGCGGUGGAGGUGGCGGCUACGGCGGCGGUUCCAUCGGUGGAGGACACGGCGGUGGAUCAGGUGGCGGCUACGGCGGCGGUUCCAUCGGUGGAGGACACGGUGGUGGAUCAGGUGGUGGCUACGGCGGCGGUUCCAUCGGUGGAGGACACGGCGGUGGAUCAGGUGGAGGAUACGGUGGAGGAUCCAGAACUGUUGUCAUCAGCGGAGGUGGAUCAGGUGGCGGCUACGGCGGAGGCUCCAUUGGUGGAGGACAUGGUGGUGGAUCAGGUGGAGGCUACGGCGGCGGUUCCAUUGGUGGAGGACACGGAGGUGGAUCAGGUGGAGGUUACGGCGGUGGUUCCAUUGGUGGAGGACACGGCGGUGGAUCAGGUGGCGGCUACGGGGGUGGUUCCAUUGGUGGAGGACACGGCGGUGGAUCAGGUGGAGGUUACGGCGGUGGUUCCAUUGGUGGAGGACACGGCGGUGGAUCAGGUGGCGGCUACGGCGGUGGUUCCAUUGGUGGAGGACACGGCGGUGGAUCAGGUGGCGGCUACGGCGGUGGUUCCAUUGGUGGAGGACACGGCGGUGGAUCAGGUGGCGGCUACGGCGGUGGUUCCAGCACGGUCAUCAUCAGCGGAGGUUCUGGUGGCGGCUACGGCGGCGGUUCCAUCGGUGGAGGACACGGCGGUGGAUCAGGUGGCGGCUACGGCGGAGGUUCCAUUGGUGGCGGUCAUGGAGGCGGCUCUGGUGGAGGCUUCGGUGGAGGGCACGGAGGUAGUUCAGGUGGAUACGGCCGCUAAAACCCGUUCUAUUCUCCAGUCUGGUCAAGUGGAGUGAAGUGGACGGUAUGGAGGUCCACUGACUCUUAAACUCCUUCAGGCUAAGCAAGGAUGUGAUAAACAGUGUAAAUAAAUAAUACUAUGAACACUUCAUUCCUAAUUUUUUUUCUUUAAAUUUCUUUCUCAGGAUUGUGAAUAAAAAAUCGCCUCACCA